CUGCGGGGACGCGCGCCCGCGGCGGCCGCCCGGGGAGCGCAGUGCUCGCGCGCCGGGGUCUUCGGCCGCCGCGCUCGCCGAGGCAAGAGCUGCCCGCCGCGAAGCUUCGUUGCCGCAGACCCGCUGGGAAGCAAUGGCCACAAGGUCGUCAUCGAGAGACUGGCACGGCCUUGGGUUUAGGGGCGUGCGAUGUUUUGUUGGUGCCUGCGGCGGCAGCUUACAAUGCAUUGGCAGAGGCUCCAGCUCCAUGGUUAAGCUGUGUUAAUGCGACAAGCCAUAAAGCCAUAAUGUGGCAUACCAUUCUUUCUGAGAGGUGAAUAUUACGGAAUAAAGAUGGCGGACAAAAGUGGGAAGAUUGUUCCAGGACAAGUAUAUAUUGAAGUGGAAUAUGAUUAUGAAUAUGAAGCAAAGGACAGAAAGGUCGUGAUAAAACAAGGGGAGCGGUAUAUCUUGGUGAAAAAAACCAACGAUGACUGGUGGCAAGUCAAACUGGAUGAGAAUUCCAAAGCAUUUUAUGUACCAGCCCAGUAUGUUAAGGAAGUCACCCGCAAAGCUCUAAUGCCACCUGUUAAGCAGGCAGUUGGACUACCAAAUAAUUCUAUGAAAAUGAUCCAGAGUCUGCAUCUUCAGAGAUCAACAGAAAAUGUGAACAAAUUGCCUGAACUUUCAAGUUUUGGAAAGCCCUCCUUGUCUGUUCAAGGAACAAGUCUUAUUCGUGAUGCCAAUCAGAAUUUUGGAUCCAACUGUCAUCCAGGUCAAACUCUCAAUCUAAGCCUGGACCUGACCCAUAAUAAUGGAAAGUUUAACAGUGACUCACAUUCUCCUAAAGUUUCCAGCCAGAAUAGGACACGCUUAUUUGGUCACUUUCCCGGUCAGGAGUUCUUGGACAUAGAGAAAACUAGCUUCUCCCAGGAGCAGUCUUGUGAUUCAGGAGAAAGCUUGGAGAGAGUACAUCAAGAUUCCGAAUCUGGAGAUGAGCUCAGCAGCAGCUCCACAGAACAGAUAAGGGCAACUACACCACCAAAUCAAGGAAGGCCAGAUUCUCCUGUGUAUGCCAACCUACAAGAACUGAAAAUAUCCCAGUCCGCUCUCCCCCCACUUCCUGGGAGUCCCGCAAUUCAGAUUAAUGGAGAAUGGGAAACUCAUAAAGAUAGUUUGGGGCGUUGUUACUACUAUAACCGAGGAACACAGGAAAGAACUUGGAAACCACCCCGAUGGACCCGGGAUGCAAGUAUAAGCAAAGAUUUCCACAGUCAAGGAGAUCAAGAGAGACAUCAUGAGCCAGUUAGCAUGAGCUGGCGAAAUCAGCUUCUUUCAUCAGAAGAAAACUGCCACAGCAUUUGUCCCAGCCAAUCAGAUAGUCAGUGUGGUUCUCCUCCAAGGGGUUGGUCAGAAGAGUUGGAUGAACGUGGGCAUACCUUAUAUACCAGUGACUAUACUAAUGAAAAGUGGCUCAAGCAUGUUGACGAUCAAGGUAGACAGUAUUACUACAGUGCAGAUGGGUCUCGGUCAGAAUGGGAACUGCCAAAGUAUAAUGCUUCGUCUCAGCAGCAAAGAGAAAUAAUUAAAAGUAGGAGUCUGGAUAGGCGGCUGCAGGAACCAAUAGUAUUAACAAAGUGGAGACAUAGUACCAUCGUAUUGGACACCAAUGACAAGGACUCUCCAACUGCCUCAAAACCCUGCCUUCCUGAAAAUGAGUCUUCUCCCUCUUCACCAAAGCACCAAGACCCAGGUCAAGAGAAAUAUGGAUUGUUAAAUGUAACAAAAAUUACUGAAAAUGGGAAGAAAGUUCGAAAGAACUGGUUGUCUUCCUGGGCGGUGUUGCAAGGUUCAUCUUUACUUUUUACCAAGACUCAAGGAAGUAGCACAAGUUGGUUUGGGAGUAAUCAGUCCAAACCAGAGUUCACAGUGGACCUUAGGGGGGCAACGAUUGAGAUGGCCUCGAGGGAUAAAUCCAGCAAGAAGAACGUAUUUGAGCUGAAAACUCGUCAAGGAUCAGAAUUGCUAAUUCAGUCUGAUAAUGAUGCUGUGAUUAAUGAUUGGUUUAAAGUUCUUAGCAGUACUAUCAGUAACCAGGCUGUAGAAACUGAUGAAGCAGUAGAAGAGGAGAUACCAGAUUCACCAGGAAUAGAAAAGCAAGAUAAAGAAAAGGACCAGAAGGAUCUUAAAAAGCUUCGUUCCAUGAAAGUGUCUAGCAUAGAUUCUUCAGAACAGAAGAAAACCAAGAAAAACUUAAAGAAGUUUCUUACACGACGCCCCACUUUACAAGCUGUCCGUGAAAAAGGUUAUAUUAAAGAUCAAGUAUUUGGAGCCAAUCUUGCUAAUCUGUGUCAGAGAGAGAAUGGCACGGUGCCCAAAUUUGUGAGGUUAUGCAUUGAGCAUGUCGAAGAACAUGGUUUGGAUAUUGAUGGGAUCUACAGAGUAAGUGGCAACCUUGCUGUGAUUCAGAAACUGAGAUUUGCAGUCAAUCAUGAUGAGAAAUUGGACUUAAAUGACAGCAAAUGGGAAGACAUUCAUGUCAUCACUGGAGCACUCAAAAUGUUUUUUCGAGAGUUACCAGAGCCUCUGUUUACAUUUAACCAUUUUAAUGAUUUUGUUAAUGCAAUUAAACAAGAACCAAGACAGCGUGUUGCUGCUGUUAAGGAUCUAAUCAGACAGUUGCCAAAACCAAAUCAAGAUACAAUGCAGAUUCUUUUUAGACACCUCAAAAGAGUUAUAGAAAAUGGAGAAAAAAACCGAAUGACCUAUCAGAGUGUAGCAAUUGUUUUUGGUCCCACUUUAUUAAAGCCAGAAAAAGAGACUGGUAACAUAGCAGUUCAUACUGUUUACCAGAAUCAGAUUGUAGAAUUAAUUCUUCUGGAAUUAAGUUCCAUCUUCGGACGAUGAUUCUUAUGGAAGAUAACCUGUGGGACAGAAGCUGGAUUCCAUCAUGUUUCAGAUCUUUAUAUGCAGUGUGUUUUGUUUUGGGACCAAGCAGUGGCUUUUUUGAUUUUGCACUUGUUGAGGGGUCAGAAGGGAAGGGGAGUGUGGAAAUGCCUGUUAGGCCUUCAUGUUUGCUGCUUUCUUGUGAGGUGAUAAAACUGUAAUUCUUGGAUUCAUUUCCUGAAUGUUUGCAUUAAUACUCUGAAUUUCAGUAUAAAUCAAAAGUCAGAAUUCUAACCAGUCAUAUACACUGGAUAAUUUGGUAAGAAAAACUACAUUUCCCCCCUGUAACUGGAUAAUGUAGAAUUUCUUCUCAUGAUCUUCACUUGGUGGAACAAUACCUACAAUCAGUUAUUUUGAAAACACUCUGGGCAUUUAAAACAAAUGAAGUAUAUGCUUUUUGAACCUGUGUAUCUCUUUUUCAGGGUUUUGCAUGCAGUGGCAACCUAAGUGCUAGACUCUGUGGUAACCUAACUGUAACUCUUGGUGAGGCUUGCUGUUGUCUACUGUGAUACACAGCAUCCUCACUGGAUAUUGUAGUUGCUUGUUUGGGCAGCACACUAAUCCUACUUAAAACACUGUGAUGUACUGGAUUUCUAUUUAGCAUAACUCAGUUCAGAGUAUUUUUGAGCUGUCUUGCUAUGGUGAAUUGUAGCUAACAGUCCUAAUUAUAUCUCGUGCCAUACGAGUUCUUGGUAUGACCCUGUGGAAACAAACAUUAUUUGAUGUAAAUAUGGUCUGAGGACUAAUUUUCUUUAGCUUGUGUACAUAAUUGUGUUGUAUAGUCUCAGAGUACAUUCUAACCCUUUGUUUCUAAUCAUGAUAUUGGUAAUCUUCUCCAUGAACAUUAGGUUUCCUCCAAAGUAGGCCAUUCCUUAAGAAACUAACUGUACGCACUUUUAGAUUUUAAUUACAUUUACAGGCAGAUUACUGUAAUGCAAAUGGUACUGGAAAAAUACUGAAUAAACUUGCUAAAUGGUAAAUGCACUACAAGAGGAACCUUUUAGACUUAUUUAAUUUGUACAGAAUACAUUAGAAAAAAUUUAUUAGAGAAUUCUAACUCUCCAGUCUGAUAGUAGAAACGAUGUGUAAAUUAGAUGGAUUAGAUGGAUGUUGGACGAAAAAUUACUUUGCUAAAUUUGAGAGUUUCUUUUUACAUUACUAAUGUAUAUUGAUUUGUAUAAUAAAACAGGGUUUAGAAGGUUUUGUUACAGGGAGCAUGGUCUGUUGAAAAAAUUUUUAAGUGUAUUUUUCUAGAUUAACUGCUGUAUAUGAAAUGUCUAAUCUAAUAAAGAAAAUAUAAGAGGUUUAGAGAUUUUUCCACUGGAAA